UUGUUGCAAAAUUUGUAAAAAUAUACGAUUCGCAGUGUUUUUAUCCAAAUUUAAACUGGCUUAUCUUUAAAUUAGCUUAAUAAUGACGGAAAUCUGGAGUUUAGAUGCACUUUGUCGAUGUUGUCAUACAGACGGUGAUUUCAAAGAUUUACGAUCAGUGUAUGUUUUCGAUAAUGGGCCCGAAAAUUAUCUUAACAUGUUACUUGAGACCUUGGGAGUCACGAUAAAGCCCCCAUCAGUGAAUGCCAGCUACUCCAUCUGCGACGCAUGCAUACUCCAGCUCCGGAAUGCUACCAACUUUAAGAAAAAAGUACUGGAAUGUGAGACAAAGUUUGAAGAAUAUUGUAAAAAUGAGUUGUCACAAACAAACUAUGAUAUAAAGACUGAACCAGAAUAUUUAGAUGACUUUGACAACAAUGAUUUUGGUGAUGAUAUUGAAGUCAAAGACGUUAGUAAAAAUCCAGAAUUCACCGCAACUAUCAAGAAGCCAGUGAAAAAUAUUAAGAAAGAAAAAGAAUCUGACAACAAUCACAUAGAAUUGACAAUAGACGUGAAACCGAAGAUCGAGGGCAAGCCGAGAAAAAGAAACAAGUCGUCCGUCAAAGGUAAAUCAUCAAAAACCAAGCCCAAAGUCAAAGAAGAAGAAUCGUUAGUCGUCACUGUCAAAACGGAAACAGGCGAGCUUUACUCUUGUAAGAACUGCGGCGCCAACUACCAGAACUUGGAUCAACUCAACCAACAUAUUAAUACAGAGCAUCUCAAAGGCUACAAAUGUAUGUACUGUCCGGAAUACUUUAAAAACGAAAAUAGGUACAAAGUUCAUAAUCGCUUGCAACACAACGACUUAAAACCAUUCCCCUGCGAGCACUGCGGCAGAAAAGUGGGAUCCAAAACGUCGCUACUAGAACACAUUAACUCCGUACACACUAAAGAAAUCUGCUACCAAUGUGAUAAAUGUAUGAAAAAAUUCCAUAGUAAACAAGUGCUGAAGAUACAUUUGAUGAAACAUGACGGUACGUUUAGAAAAUUAAUUUGCGAGCAAUGUGGGGUAGGUUGCAAUGACAAGACUAACUUAAGAUAUCACGUAAUGACAGUUCAUGAGAAGUUAAGGUUAUUCAACUGUCAAGAAUGUGAUAAAAAAUUCUCUGCCAUGAAACAUUUGAAGAUACAUAUGAGGUUACACACUGGGGAGAAACCAUACGAGUGCAAUAUAUGCAAUAACGCUUUCAUCUCAAGAGAUGCAUUGACUGUACAUCAAAAACUGCACACGAAAAGUGGGUACAAAUGUAAGACAUGUGCCAAAGUGUUCCCUACUAGAGGUUUAUAUGCUUCUCAUUAUAGAAAACAUGUGAGUACUAAGCCAUUUAAAUGCCAUUUAUGUAAUAAGGAAUUCGCUGGUAAAUACUCCUUAAACCGUCAUGUAUUUGAGCAUACAGGCGCUCGUCCAUACAUAUGUCCAGUCUGUGGUAAAGAUUUCUCACAAAAAACACAGCUAGUUCGACAUAGUAAGAUUCACGAUCCUCAAAGGGCGGAAGUAGUUAAAGAAAAGUGUGAAUUGUGUAAAAGAACUGUGCCUAAUAUAGAGAAACAUAUGCUAGCGCAUAAUAAUAAGCCGUAUCCUUGUCAUUUGUGUGAAAAGAGAUACCCAGAGCAGAAUGCCUUAAACAGACAUUUGCAGAGGCAUACCGGGAUCAAACCACAUCAAUGUCAAUUGUGUGAUAAAGGUUAUAUACAAUUGAAAAGUCUUAGAGGACAUAUGAUGAAAGCGCAUAAAUUACCAUUAAAAAUUGAACAAGAAGACCAUUUUGAUAGUGUUGUUAAUACUUAUACUAUUCAAAAUUUGAAGAGAAAGACAGGUUUCCCCAAUGAUGUUAUAACUCAAGAUAGGUUAUCCUCCUGAGACUAGAUGUACAUUACAAUUAUUUUAAAAUCU